ACCUCGGCUCGAGAAGGUGCUUUAGUCUGAAGAUGGCGGCCUCAGCAGCGCGAGGUGCUGCGGCGCUGCGUAGAAGUAUCAAUCAGCCGGUUGCUUUUGUGAGAAGAAUUCCUUGGACUGCGGCGUCGAGUCAGCUGAAAGAACACUUUGCACAGUUCGGCCAUGUCAGAAGGUGCAUUUUACCUUUUGACAAGGAGACUGGCUUUCACAGAGGUUUGGGUUGGGUUCAGUUUUCUUCAGAAGAAGGACUUCGGAAUGCACUACAACAGGAAAAUCAUAUUAUAGAUGGAGUAAAGGUCCAGGUUCACACUAGAAGGCCAAAACUUCCGCAAACAUCUGAUGAUGAAAAGAAAGAUUUUUGAGACUGCAGCCUAUUAAUAAAGUUAACAUAACUGAGAA